CAAUACAUCUUGUAAUCAAGUUGCCAUCUUUCUUAGCUUAGUGGAAAUAAAAAUGGAUUCCGUUCUUCUUAAUUCUUCAGAAAACGAAAAAUUAACAGUUUCGUUAUCAAAACUGUUUAAUUCCAGUAAUAUAUUAAAUGAAUUUAUCGAAAAGUUUCCAAUUUGUAAAUAUUACAUCAUUUUUUACUUAAUGAUUUUUGCAAUAAUGGCCAUAAUCUUCUCGAAAUUUAUAAAAAAGAAAGAUACAAAAAUAUUAUUUAUACAAAACAGAUUCGAACUGUAUAUAUACGGCAAAGAAUAUAGCAUGACGAUGUUUCAACAAUUUGGCCCAGAUUUUACAAGAAGAUUCUUAAAUAUAAUAAAUGUUUGUUCCAUUCACGAUUUCGCUUGCGAACAAAAUAAUUAUGACCUACAAUUUAUUUGCUGGAAACUUUUCGAUGAAUACUGGAAAGGUAUAUUUCAGAUGAAGGAUUUUCUUUACUGUAAAGAAACAACAAUCACUAGCUUAAUCUCUCGUGCUAUAUACAGUACGUUGGACGAAUUAAAUUUGUUUUAUGCCGUUGACGAUUGGAUUAAUGCGAAAAUCACAACAGAGAAACACUUGGUAAAAGACAUAAACACUAUUCGACAACGAAGAAAAGAACUCAUGCGGCCAUUUCUACCGAAACUCAGAUUGUUGGCAAUUGCGAAAGACGAUAUGCAGAAUAUGUUUGAUAUGUUAGCGCUUCUAUUAACAGAACACGAAAUGCGAGCGAUUCGUGAUUUCUUCUCCAGCCAGGAUUAUCCUAAUGCAGAUUUAUCCGAUUUUCCCGAAACUCUUUGUAAUAAUACGCUACAAAGAAAUAUGGAGACGUACGACUCUUUGUUUGAAUAUAAUAAUAAAAGCAAGUCUCCAAUAGGAAAAGAAAUUUAUGUUACCAGAAAUACACAGUUCGCUUGCAAUAUCUUUGUAAAAGAAGAUUGUUUCCUGGCUGAUAUUUUAUUACCUGUGUAUUUCAGCCAUACUAAAACAAUAACUAUGAAUUUGAACAUCAGUAAAAAUGGAGAAGAAAAUUCUGUACAGUCGUGUCAAUUUGAAUGCAAUAAUAUUGGAGAAGCGAAUUUAUCUCUACCGCCCUUUCUAAAAAAGAAUUCGGUGUAUCACCUGUCAUCUAAGUUUUCCGAAGACGAAGAAAUGGAUAUUCGCAUUUCCCCUAAUGCAUAUUCCUUUAUAACUGAUGAAGAGAAGUCGGAUAAAUCAAAGAAAGAGAAAAACGAAAAAGAUGCUAACAAUUUUUAUUUCGAAGUUUAUCUUUAUUUUUAAAACCAACUCGUAUAAACCAUAUUUGGUACACUAAUCAAAAUUCCUUAUAAAAUUUUCAUUUGAAAACUAAAUUUUUGUAAAGGGAGAACAAAUAUUGAUUUAUUAAAUGUGUCGCAUAAAUUACAAAUUCAU